CCCGCAGCCCCCUAACCCCGCACAGCCUCUAGCCCCCCUAGCCAUCCCGCAACAUCAGCCACGGAGCAGGGAAGACUGAAAAUCAAGAUCAUAGCUGAGGGAGACCUCAGAUAUGGAGUCCAGGAUGUGGCCUGCACUGUUGAUGUCCCACCUCCUCCCACUCUGGUCGCUGCUCCUGCUGCCCUUUCCACCUCCAGCCCAGGGAUCCUCUACCUCUUCACCUCGUGCCCCUUCAGCUCCUGCCCGUCCCCCAUGUGCCCGGGGGGGUCCCUCAGCUCCUCGACAUGUGUGUGUGUGGGAACGAGCACCUCCCCCAAGUCGGUCCCCCCGUGUCUCACGUUCGAGGCGUCAAGUACCACCUGAUACUGCACCCCCUGCCACUCCAUCUGGCUUUGAGGAAGGGCCACCUUCAUCCCAGUACCCCUGGGCCAUUGUAUGGGGCCCCACAGUGUCCCGAGAGGAUGGAGGGGAUCCUAAUUCUGCUAAUCCUGGUUUCCUGCCACUGGACUAUGGCUUUGCAGUUCCUCAUGGGCUAGCUACGCCGCAUCCCAACUCGGACUCCUUGAGACGUGGCGAUGGGGAUGGGAUCAUUCUUGGGGGAGCUCCUGCCACCCUUCGUCCAUUUCUAUUUGGUGGCCGUGGGGAAGGUGUGGACCCCCAGCUUUAUGUGACCAUCACUAUUUCUAUCAUCAUUGUCCUAGUAGCCACUGGCAUAAUCUUCAAAUUCUGCUGGGACCGUAGCCAGAAGCGACGAAGGCCUUCAGGGCAGCAGGGGGCCCUACGACAAGAAGAGAGUCAGCAGCCCCUCACUGACCUGUCUCCUGCAGGAGUCACUGUGCUGGGGUCCUUCGGGGACUCACUCACACCUACCCCUGAUCGGGAGGAGCCCCACGGGGGACUCCGGCCUUGCCCCCCCCAGCCCAAGGGGGCCCCUGCUUUCCAGUUGAACCGGAUUCCCUUGGUGAAUCUGUGACGCCCCUCAGUGGUGGGGUCCAGCCAAGCAGAAGCCCAUGGGGCCUACACAGCCACCAUUCCGCUGGGGGUGGGGCAGCUGUGGUGAGCUGGGGCCC